ACCAGUGCAUGCCAUGGUAACCGAACUUGUUUAUUUCAACACCUGUCCACCGGCAGUCACUAAAAAAACUAAUUCUAAGGAAAUCAGUCUGUGAAGAAAUUACAAUGGUGAACUUUGUAUAUCCCGAGGAGCUGUACCUUUUCGUCGAAAGCAUCCGUCCAUUCCAGGUUCGCGAUGUGGGCACAGCCAAGUGGCUGGAGGUACACGAGAUGGUCAUAAAACUGAGCCAGCAGGCGGCCCUGGAGCUGACUCAAAACCGCGAAGAGGAGGUUAAGGAGUUCCUCAUUUCGCGGGACAAGUUGCGUCUGCUGAUCCAUGAGGCCUACUGUGUGACCUUGUGGAAGACCCGUGUGCUUCCUCAUCUCCUUGAGAUAGAUCCCAAUCCUCAGGCCACAUUUCUCAUCUACACGGUGCUGUAUCACGAGGCUUCCGUGGUGGCUCUCCUGGAUGUGUGUCUAUACCAUCCCAGUGGUUGCGAGACGCUGCAGGAGUCCGUAAUGGAUCUGGUGGACUAUUGUGCCCAGGCAGUGGCUCAGGUAAUUGGCUUGGUCAGCAUGGGCUACCACGAGAACGAGUCCAAAAUGGACGUCGAUGAGGCGGUGCUUACAGAGCUGGAGCGCCAGAAACGUGAUCUCAUCUACAAGAUCGGGCUGCGUUGCAUCUCGAUUCUUAACUAUUUGGCUGAUAAAAUUGACCUCUUUCACCUGAGUGCCGCACGGCGCAUGCUGGUGACCCAUGACAUUCCCUGGUUGAUGGUGGAUGUCCUUUGCUUCCGUCCAUGGCAACGGAAGACCAGCAAGGGAUUGCAGAAAUUCAUCGAUGAGAAGUGGACAAAUGUGGAUGAUUCCGCCAAGAUUGUGAAGCCGGAGGCUCAGGCCUGGUUCUGUGUAAGGCAGCUGCUCCUGAAUAGCCAGGCCAUGGAGAACUACGCCAUGAAUGAGGCUCGUUGCAAGCAGUUGAGCAAGCUCAUGGGUCUGAUGCACGAGACUCUCCUAGACCAACUGCCUCCACUCAUCGAUCUCAAGCAGUUCCUGAGUCGCCUGACUCUUAGUGGCAACACAGCCGCCAAAUCGCAGACACUUUUACUUGAGGACAUUCCCCAGAUUCAGGAGGAGCUAAUGAAAGAGGUGGAGAAAGACGGUGGCUUCUAUCAGAUAGCUCAAGCUCAGGACUCAGUGUUCCUCAGCAAGAAUAGGGAGGACAUAUGCGCCUUAGCCAGUCGCUUGAGCGGGGCCUACGGCACCGAACUGCUCUGCGAGCUGGAGCAAAAUCUUGAAGAUCUUAAAUUGGGGGAGGCGCAGGACACCCAGGCUGGUGGCGACGCAGAACCGGAUCACAACAGCUGUGCCACAUGCCAGGCGAAGGCCAAGAAAAAGUGCGCCAAUUGCAAGCAGGUUUAUUACUGCUCCCGAGACUGCCAGCUCAAGGACUGGCCGGAGCACAAGACAGCCUGCCUGAAGAAAUAAAAUGAUUAAUUUAUAUUGACUUUACAAGUUUAUAUAAAUAUCCAACCGCUUGCCUUAAAAUAGAACAUUCCAAAAAUGUAA